UUACUUUUCAAAUUUCAACAUGGAUAAAUUCAAAUUUCAAUAAUUUAUCAUAAAAACUAUCCUUUAAUUAGCUUAAAGAGAAUAAUAAACUUUUACAAUGGCUUGUGACAAGUACAAUUCGUAUCGUAAUGAAAAAUUUUCAGAACAAACACCAUUUGAGGAUUUCUUUUUCUUUGGUACUGUACGUGAUUUAGAACAUAAAAUAACAAUUAAUAAGGAUGGUAUUUUUCGAUGUCGUACUGUUGGAAUACUGCAAAGUCUAAAUGGUCAUUUUUAUUUGAGCGAUAUUGACGACAAUUCUAAAGCUGACUCACGAAAACUGCUCAUAAAUAUAGCAUAUUUAAGGAGCAGUAUGCCGUCUAGUGUAAUACCAAAUGGAGUUCAAAUUUUUGGCACAAUUGAAUGGCAUGAGAAACCAGUAUUAUUUGCUAACAUAUUGCAGGUCCUAAGCCUUCCAAUGGCUAUACGUUUGAAGAAUGCCAUAACUGGAAUAACCAACAUACACUUGGCCACACGUAAAAAGGAUUGUGAAGAAAAUGUAUUAUAGUUAUUUUUAUCUAGUUGAAAGUGCUGUGAUAUUUGAAUUUAUUAUGACUUUCAUCAUGUUUUAAUAAGUAUUUGGUUUGAUAAUAAUAAAAAUAAAGUUAAGUUA